AUGGAUGUGAAACAAAUUAAAGCAUUCAUUUCUGCCUGGGGUGUUCAAGUCUCCAUUUACCGCAAACCCAAACUUACUCAACCAGCUAAAGCGGUUGCUUUUAUGGACCUUCCUACUGACCCUGACUUUCAAAAUGAGACCACUGAUGAAUAUUUGUUAAGAUACCUUACGCUUCCAGCUGGAAAAAAAAUUUUGGACCCCUUCCAAAUGGCAUCAUUGUCCAAUAACUUCUUCCAUUUCCCUCCAUUUGGACUAAUGAACAUUUUUAAUCAGCUAAUAAUGAGUAAGGCUGAUCACAAUAAAAGCAUGUUAUCCUCCUGGCGCUCAUUUGAAGAGUAUAAUUUAUGUACGAAUGGCCAUGUUCAGAGCCUUGAAGUAAACACUACAGAGGACCUUGAUGGCAGUACUUUUUUUCGUCUUUGUAGCUGGAGUUAC